UAAACCGGUUUCCUAAUUUGGUACCGAUCUUGAGAGAAAACGCUCUCUUACGGAGAAAUCGUGCCUUAAAGCUGACCCAGAGAGAAACUCUUCUUCACUGCAACGCUUUUGAAACAAAGUUCGUCACUUCGAUCUGAAUUAUAAUACUUCGGCGAGAAUCUGAAUAAUCUAAGGUUCAAGAUGGGUUGGAUCGGAGAAACUGUAGAUUCUAUCAAAUCUAUUCAGAUCCGUCAACUUUUCACUCAAGCGAUCAGUCUUGGGAUGAUUGUUACGUCUGCUUUGAUCAUAUGGAAAGCUUUGAUGUGUGUCACUGGAAGUGAAUCUCCGGUGGUGGUUGUUCUCUCUGGAAGCAUGGAACCCGGUUUUAAGAGGGGGGAUAUAUUGUUCUUGCACAUGAGUAAGGACCCUAUUCGAGCAGGCGAAAUUGUUGUUUUUAAUGUUGAUGGUCGUGAUAUUCCCAUCGUCCAUCGUGUCAUUAAGGUUCACGAAAGGGAAAAUACAGGAGAAGUUGAUGUUUUAACAAAAGGUGACAAUAACUAUGGAGAUGACAGACUUCUGUAUGCUGAAGGACAGCUUUGGCUUCAUCGACAUCAUAUAAUGGGUCGUGCUGUCGGGUUCUUGCCUUAUGUUGGAUGGGUGACUAUUAUCAUGACAGAAAAGCCUAUCAUCAAGUAUAUUCUCAUAGGUGCAUUGGGUUUACUCGUUAUAACCUCCAAGGAUUGAGUCUUUUGGAAAGGCUGCAAACCCUUGGUUUACUAUUAAAGUCUUGUUAUUUCAAUGGAAAACAAAAAAGAAUUUAAAGACAAGUUUUUGUAGAAUCAGAAGCUAAUUUUUAGUCGUGGAGAAUGAGUUAAACCCAAAAUCAAGAUUUGUUAUCCUAUGAACGGUCUUGCUUUGUUAAAUUCA